AUGCGCAAAUUUAAUGUAACUUUACCAUUUAUUACCAACAGCGAGGUAUAAGCAUUGAGACAUUGUGCUGCGACUUCGACAUUUUAAAAGAAUGGACAAAACUUGCGUUCUUAUACUGCUUAUUGUAGCUACUGUUUCAGCUCAACUAGAUAUACCAGCGGACCAAUGUCAGUGUUGGGUACCUACUUACAAGAGAGCGCCAUGUAACGUAUAUAGUCCAAAUAUGGGACGAACUCAAUGUGAAGGCAUGGGAUGCUGUUACCACGAAAGUGGGCAAAUGAAUACACCAACAUGCUAUAGACGUACAGCCCAAUGCCCACCACGACAAUGCCUUAUUCCAGCCUCCGAAAGGAGUGUGUGUAUAACAGCAAAUCUCGGUCCAAACAGAUGUUUAAACGGUCAGUGCUGUUAUGACGGCGGAUCUGCACCGCACUGCUACAGGCCUAUUGGCGGUCAACCAGUGCCUGCCUACGACACCAGUUUAAGACUUAGCAUGUUUUCGAAUGGUAACGAAAACACACCGUUCUCACCAAAGGGAUAUUUACACCACGGCAAUGCAAUGUUGGUGGUUGGAGGAUGCGCAACUGCAGUCAUUCCAUGCGGGACAUCGAAAACGAACAGAGACCAGUGUAGCAGAUUCAUGUGUUGUUGGAUUCCAAGCAGGAGGCUACCAUCAGGACAAGCUUGCUUUACCUCCGUUUACAACUUUAUCAAGUUUCCAUUUGCAAAGUGGGAUAACUGGGGUGAAUGGACUACAUGCACUGCUUCAGCUUGUGGAACUGGAACACAAACCAGAACAAGGACUUGUAUUGAUGGACAAGUUGGACAAAAUGGCUGUGAAGGAAGUGAAACUGAUACACAAGCAUGCCAAGGUUCUUGUACAAUAUCAUGGGGAGCGUGGGCUCAGUGGUCUACAUGCCAAAGUGCUGAGCCAACUUGCACAUCGGGCACAAGGUCCAGAUCUCGUGUAUGUGUCAACCAAGCUGGUGUCACUCAAGCAAAUACAGCGUGCACAACAGGUGCUGCAUCAGAGAGCGAAACAUGCAAUGCCCAAUUAUGUCCUGCUUAUACUCAAUGGGCUGGAUCUUGCAGUGUAACCUGUGGAGGUGGGAUCCAAAACCGUGCCCGAACUUGCACAACGACGCCUACAGGACCCAUUCCAUCAUCAUGUACUACUAUUGCUGGACAAGCAUGCAACACCCAGAGCUGCAACAAAGACUUAGACAUCAUGUUCAUUGUGGACUCUUCACAGCAACUUGACUCGUGCUCAGCAAAAGAGGCAUCACUUGGACAAGUUGCGCCAUUUACACCUGCAGGAGGACUUCUAACAACAGCCAAUUUCCCCAACUUUGUUCAACAAAAAACUUUUCUUACUUCGUUUUUCAGCAUCUACAAGACUGUAGUUGCUGGCCGAACUAACGUUGGGGUGUUGUCACGCUCAGGAAGCUGUGCAGCAGCUACUUCUACAAACUACCACAAAAUUAAAGCACUGAGUGACACAUAUGUGCCGCUACAGGCUGAAGCAGCUAUUUCUUACCUCUGUGGGUUCCCAGAUUUUUUCUCAACCCUUGGUUGUGGUAUUGAAUACAUCAAAACUGGCAACACUAAUAACCCAGAUGUUAUUGUUGAGAUUCUGCCCGAUAUUACUACCUUGUCUUCAACUCUUUUACAGGUGUACCAAAAUAAUGUGGCUUCAAUAAACACAAUAGCUGGCGCAACAAGAGUAUUGACUGUUACUGCGGCAGAUCUUUCGCUAUCUUCGAUGACGCAGGCCAACAUUGAUGCAAAUGUACUAUUUGGCAAGCAAUGGGCAUGUAGAAGCACUACACCACCAGCAACCUGUAUAUAUUAUCUUGGAACUGUAUAUAAUCCAGCACAAGUUAUUGCUAACUUCAUCUUAGCAACAGCAGAUUUGUAAAAAGUCUAAUUUACAUUGACUACCCUGCAAAAUGCGGUGUCAGUGAAUCAUAACCAAUUUUUAACUGAGAAGUUAAAAGAAAGAAAUGCUUUUGAACCUACACUAGUGAAAGAGCAACUAAAUUUUAUCAGCUAAAAAGUUAUGCUUACCCUGAUUGUGUUUGAAAAAUAACACUUUUUCUACUUUUUUAUUGAAUUUGUGCCAUUUUUCUUUUGCUUGUUUGUUUAAUUGAUUGAAUAUUUGAAUACACCAAAGACUUACCAAA